CAAAGUUAGAGAAGUGGUUUCAGCUUUUCCGCGGUCUCACUUCCAGCCCGGGGAGAGCCGGCCCCUCGAGCGCACCGGGCGGGCGCCUGCGGGAGGCGGCGGCAGGUUUCAGAUCAGAAUUUACGAGUAAAUGGGAUAGCAGCAUCCCAAAAUAUUCCUGAGCUGAGAUUGUGACAAUGGACAGAAUACAGCGAGACCGUGCCAGUCCUGUGCCACCAGGAGAUGCAGAGAGGGGCAGGACUGGAGAACAAGACCCAGAACUAACUGUGUUGGGAAAAGCACAAGAGUUCUUUCAGAUUUGUGAUCUGGAAGGCAAAGGCUUUGUCACUCGUCAAGACAUGCAGAGACUGCAUCCUGAGUUACCUCUUAGCCUGGAAGAGCUCGAAAAAGUUUUUGUUACAUUGGAUGCUGAUGGCAAUGGCUCACUUACUCCAAAGGAGUUCAUCACAGGACUCAGCCAGUUUCUUUUGGAGCAGAUUGCUUUGAAAAAUGACAUGAUGGAGCAAUCAGAAGGUGAAACAGCCUGCCCAAUUAUAUGCAAAGAGACCAUGGGUGAUGAUGAGGAUGAAGAAUUCCAGUUCUCCAAUCUGAUGGAUCGGCUUGGAGCUAAAAGGGUUUUGAAUGAUGAGAGUGAUGUGAAGCAACUUUGGUUGCAGCUAAGAAAAGAUGAACCUCAUUUACUUUCCAAUUUUGAAGAACUCUUGGUCAGAAUUUUCUCCCAGCUCCAAGAAGCAGAUAAUGAGAAGAAUGAGUUGGAAUGCGCUCUAAAAAAGAAAAUUGCUGCUUAUGCUGAAGAAAUUCAACAUCUCUAUGAGGAAAUGGAACAGCAAAUCAAAAAGGAGAAAGAGCAGUUUCUGUUGAAAGACACAGAGAGGUUUCAGUCCUACAGUAAGGAACUGGAGUGCAAGCUGCUGUCAAAGGAACAAGAACUGGAACAAUUGGUUCAAAAACAGAAAAGGCUAGAGCAUCAAUGUACAGAACUCCUCAGCGGUAAAGAGGAAACCAAAGUAGAGAACACCAAGCUGAAGCUGACUAACCAGGAGCUGCUGAAAGAUCUGGAGAGAACAUCUCAUGAACUAAGCCUGGCUCAACAACAGUUGGAGAUGCUUCAGAAGGAGGCAUCAAGACUACAUGAGGAGAAGGAAAUGGAGGUGUACCGAGUGACAGAAACCUUACAGAGAGAGAAGUCAGGGCUUCUGAAGCAGCUGGAUCUUUUAAGAGAGAUGAACAAACAUCUCAGAGAUGAACGUGACAUAUUUUUACAGAAACGCAAAGCAAGUGUUCCAAAAGCCAGCUGGAAGCAAAGAUCAGGGUCUGUCAUUGGGAAAUACAUAGAGGGGAAGAUGCUGCCUAACAGCCAUUUAUUUGAAGAAGAUGAUAUUUUCAGUAACUCAAAGAGAAGGAAUUCUGCUGGACUGAAUGGAGUUCUCUCUGAAGAGCCUGAUGCUGGAAUCACUGGAGGAAUGUCUAAAACAUCACGUCUUCAAAGAAUAAUAUCAAUUGAAGAAGAUCACCUACCCCAGCUUCUUGACAGGCUGGUUGAUAAGCAGCUGAACAGAUGGACUGGGGAAGAUGACAGUACUUCUGAGAUGGAAGUGCAUAAGAAAAACACGGAGCAGUCAAUAGAACACUCACCUUCAUCUUCUAGAGAGCAGCCUGUAGGGAAGGAAACACUGUCAAAUGUGAACCAAUGUCUGCACCAGCCAUGUACUGUCCAACAACUGCCAUUUAAUCUGGGAGCUGACAAUCAGGAGGAGAGAAUAAACUCUGUCCCAGAGCACUUAUUCAAGAUUAUUUUUGUGGGUAAUUCGAGUGUGGGAAAGACUUCAUUCUUAAGAAGAUUUUGUGAAGAUCGUUUUUUCCCAGGCACAGCUGCUACUGUAGGUGUGGAUUACAACGUGAAAACUGUCACAGUAGAUAAUACCCAAGUAGCACUGCAGCUCUGGGACACUGCUGGCCAGGAACGGUACCGAAGUAUUACCAAGCAGUUUUUCAGAAAAGCUGAUGGUGUCAUUGUGAUGUAUGAUAUAACAGCAAAAGACACAUUCACAGCUGUCAGGCAGUGGCUGAUAAGCAUUGAGGAGGCAACUGGAGAGGAUGUGCCUGUCCUUUUGUUGGGUAAUAAAACUGAUAAUGAAAAGGAACGUGAGGUCCCUAUGGGAAUGGGAGAGCAUCUUGCUAAGGAUUACAAUUUAAUUUUCUAUGAAUGCAGUGCAUGUUCUGGGUACAAUGUGGAAAAGUCUGUGCUUCACUUAGCUAGGUUUUUAAAAGAACAUGAAGAUAAAGUGAAAGAGAAAACCAUUGAACUUCAAUCUGAUAUGAAUAAAAAGUCUUGCUGUAUCAGGCAAUAAAAUGCUGGGAUGUGUCAUACGUUUAUACGACACUACAUAGCACUGUCAGAUUUGCUUUUAUCUUCUAAAUAUUCUGCUGUGUUCUGAGUGUAGGUGUAAGUGAAACUUAAAAUCUUCGUGUGCUCUGAUCUCCGCUUUUACAAAUAUUACCUUCAGUUAAUUGACAAUGUAUUUGGGGCAGUAACAGUCUUUUAACUCUGUUUGAUGCCUAACACCACUGAAUCCUGCUUUACUAUCAGAUACCACUUUAUUAAUAAUAAGAAAUAACUUUAUAGGAAGAAAACUACUCGGAAUGUGAAGUAAAUUCUUACUGAUGUUAA